AUGGAAUCAAGGGUUGCCACACCGGACCAGGCUGUGCGACUCCAGAUCAUACACUCAUCAAAGAAUUUUUUCGCUGGUACAGUCACCAUGCGCGAGGAACAAAAAGUAAAAACGGGAGGCCAACUAACUGAAAGACAGUGGGUAAGGAGGACAUUGACAGAAAAUGAAGGGACGAUUGAAACUGUUGAGGAUCCAGACCACGGCUUUACCAAGAAAGAUUUUCUCCGAAUGAUAUUCUCUAUGUGGCCUGGGGAUCAUCGCCGGUUCAUGCCCGGAUUACUCAAGGCUAUCAUCAUGCUAGCUCUUCAAUUAUACCUGUUCACCGGAGCGAGAACCGGAGCCUUCAUUCCAAUCCACGAGGAUAGAAACGAAAAGGGCUAA